AUGGCAUCAACACUUCACCGACGCGACAGCGAGGUUAUGGCAUCUCUCUAUCUAUACGGCCCAUCGAUGGCUGCAGCCUGCGUUUUCAUCGUCCUAUUCUCUUUCACCCUCGCCGCGCACAUGAUCUUAUGUUACAAGAAACAAACUCGUUACUUCGUCCCAUUCAUAGUCGGCAUCGUCUGCGAGAUCCUGGGUUAUGUGCCUCUUGCUAUAUCGGUAGCCCAAACACCAAACUGGCAGGUUACGCCUUACGCGCUGCAGUCCUUGAUGCUACUCAUCGCCCCUUCGCUGUUGGCAGCAUCCAUCUACGGUAUGCUAGGUCGGCUGACCAUCCUAGCAAAUGGACGCGACUAUAGUCCCGUUAGGCCUGAGAUUCUUACAAAGGUGUUCAUCACGAGCGAUAUUUUGUCAUUCUUGGUGCAAAGCGGAGGUGGAGGUAUUCUCACAAAUGCCAAGUCGCCGAGCAAGAUUCAACUGGGCGAAAAUGUCAUCAUCGUUGGCCUUUUCAUUCAGCUCAUUGGUUUUGCUCUUUUCAUCGCCGUCACUGGAGUCUUUCACCGGCGCAUUUCUCAAGAGUCUAGAAUCCGAGGGCAACGUCUGAGACACGCCGUCUCUUGGGACAAGUUGUUUUAG